UGUGUUGUGGUUGGACUCUUCCAACUCGGCUUGCUGUUAUUAUUGGGGGAAGAUUGCAGCUGAGCUGUGUUGGUAGAAGCGUUUUCAUGUAGCUAGCUUUAUAAGUCAAACAGAAGUGUGGAUGAAGUUUUCGUCAACGGAUGUAUAUUCAAACGCUUGUUUUAAUUCGUUUACAUCGGCAUUAUCAGUUUUCACGUCGAAGAACAUAUUGCACAACACAAGCGUUUGUGAUAUCUUGGCCUGAAACUCCGGGCCUUGGACUCAAGUAAAGUUCGAAGCGGACUCUAAACUUCUGCUUUCUCAAAGACCGCUAUCCGCGGGGCCGGGGCUCUUGUCGCUGGCCCUGUGGAUGAGGAAGUGAAGAUACAGAAUCCACCCAGAUUUUACAGGAGAAAGGAACCCUUUGAUGGGAGAAUCCUCUAUCCUGGACUCCUGGGUGAAUCAACGUGUCAAGAUGAAUGAACAGGAGGCACUGAACUCUAUAAUGCAGGACCUGGCCGAACUGCACCGCUCCAGCCGCCCUGCCAUGACCCUAUCUGACCUGGGCAAACCCAAGGCCUCUUCACCCAAAAAUCAGAACGAUGUACGAGUGAAGUUUGAGUUCAAAGGGGAGAAGAGGAUCUUGCAGUUCUUUCGCCCAGUCAGGCUGGAUGACCUGGGGAACAAAGCCAAAGUGGCCUUUGGUCAGGCCAUGGACCUGCAUUACACCAACAAUGAGCUGGUGAUUCCUCUGACCACUCAGGAUGACCUGGACAAGGCCGUGGAGCUGCUGGAUCGCAGCGUCCACAUGAAGAGCCUGAAGAUCCUCCUGGUGCUCCAGGCCUCCUCUCAGACCUCCACAUCCAGCAUGGACCUGCUGCCCCCACACGAAGACCUGGACAACACACGCUUCAGGGCCACAGACCAUAAAAGCAUGCUGGCUUUGAUAGGGUCCCACUCCGGCGACCGCAGCUCCCCCCCUCCAGGCUACAUUCCCGAUGCCCUCCAGCAGGUGGCCAGAAAUGGCUCCUUCACCAGCAUUAACAGCGAGGGAGAGUUCAUUCCAGAAAGCAUGGACCAGAUGCUGGACCCUCUGUCGAUGAGCAGUCCAGAGAACUCUGCAUCGGGGAGUUGUCCCUCACUGGACAGCCCACUGGACAGUGAUAACUAUCCUAAGUCACGUAUGCCCCGAGCACAGAGCUACCCAGACAACCACCAAGUCUACCCAGAGUACGAUAUUCCAGUGUUUGAGAAGUCGGGGAAAGGGGGGACUUACCCACGGCGAUACCACAUUUCCUUUGGCCUUCAGGACUACAGUGAUGGGCGUAAGACGUUCCCUCGAGCGCGGCGGACCCAGGUCCACGGUUUCCAUUCCCCGGUCAGUUUCAGCCCCACAGAGCAGUCUCCCAGCACCAGCAGUGGCAGCAGCAUCUUCACCCCAGACCUGGAGGAGCCCGGGGGUCGCAGACGCAGGGGCAGCGACAUCGAGCCCAACCCCACCCUCUCCGUUAUGGACAUCAGCCCACCCAGCCGCUCUCCACGUGCCCCUACUAACUGGCGGAUAGGGAAGCUGCUGGGUCAGGGUGCGUUUGGCCGGGUCUUCCUCUGCUACGAUGCAGACACUGGCAGAGAGCUGGCUGUUAAACAGGUCCAGUUUGACCCAGAGAGUCCCGAGACCAGCAAGGAGGUAAGUGCCCUGGAGUGUGAGAUCCAGUUACUGAAGAACUUGUGCCAUGAACGGAUCGUCCAGUACUACGGCUGUCUACGAGACUCCAACGAGAGAACACUGUCCAUCUUUAUGGAGUACAUGCCAGGGGGCUCCAUCAAAGACCAGCUGAAGUCGUACGGGGCCUUGACUGAAAACGUGACGCGUAGAUACACCCGUCAGAUCCUGGAGGGAGUGUCCUACCUACACAGCAACAUGAUCGUCCACAGAGACGUCAAAGGGGCCAACAUCCUGCGGGACUCUGUGGGAAACGUGAAGCUGGGGGACUUUGGGGCGAGCAGGCGGCUACAGACCAUCUGUCUGUCAGGAACAGGGAUCAAGUCAGUGACUGGUACUCCCUACUGGAUGAGCCCAGAGGUGAUCAGUGGAGAGGGCUAUGGGAGGAAGGCUGAUAUCUGGAGUGUGGGCUGCACGGUGGUGGAGAUGCUGACCCAGCGGCCCCCCUGGGCCGAGUUCGAGGCCAUGGCAGCCAUCUUUAAGAUCGCCACCCAGCCCACCAACCCCUCGCUGCCCGCCCACGUCUCCGACCACGGCCGCGACUUCCUCAAGCGCAUCUUCGUGGAGACCAAGCUGAGGCCCUCGGCCGACGACCUUCUGAGGCACAUCUUUGUUCACUAGCCCAUCCCCCUGACCUCGGACCCCUGAACUGCCAGAGAUGGCCUUAGCUGAUUCGCUGUCCUCGCCUCUGACUCCCCCCUGACUCCGCCCUCCCAGCUCCAGGCGGAAAGCCCCCAUUGGACCAGAGACGACAUGGUGGGAGGUAUCCAUCUGGUGAUUGGAUGAGGGAGAGGUGGGUAGAGGUGGGGACUACAACUCCUGCGUCUCUGUUUUUAGGAGACUGGCAAGGAGGAAUUAAUUAAUGAACUCGUUUAGAGAAAGAACGUUGCACCUUAAUUUCACGAAUAGGGUAAGUUGCCCAAUCAAGACGAAAAAAUAACCUUUUUUGAAAAUAUGUUUUUAUGAUGAAUAUCUCCUGCUUUUGAUUGUGGAGUGGGACUCAGUCACUCUGUGCUUAGCUCACUGAGUCAACGUCGGUGUUUCUGAUCUGGACCUUAGUGGAGAUUUGAGGUGAUCAUGAUAAUCUGGGCCACGUUCAGUAGGCAAACGUUGUGAAACGUUGCAGAUAGAAAUGGCAGGACUAGAGCCGAAACGAUUCCUUAUUGUAUUCUGGUGAACGCACCCCUGGUGGUUAGUGUGGUCCUGACUCGACCCAGAAUGUACCGCUGAAAACCCAGAGCACGCUGCUAUCGAAACCACAACCAGAACACCGGGUGAGGAGAACACUCCAACCCCCCCC